AUGACUUCGCUUCGAGCUGCAGCUGUUAGACACAUCAUACGCAGUGGGGGCCCGUUGCUCCCGCACAACCAGUGGCGAUGGGCCCAAGUCCAUGACGUGAGGUGUUUGACGACACACCAUGAUCCAAAGCAUGUGCUCGAGAGAUACAGGGACAAGUUAGAUUGCAAAGCCAAACAAGAGGGUUUCACUUCGAUUUCUUCUCUUAAGGAGGCCUACCGGGAUAAGAAGGACCUUGACAUGAAAGCAGAGAGCAUCCCAGAAUAUCAGAGCUCAAAUGUUAGCCCAAGACCUGCAGCGCAUCUCCCUGGCACCUCUCAUAUAGUUCCAUCAGCUUCGAAAAGCCAAACCCCCGGAAUAAAAGCUUUGUCCUCCUAUUUUGACAUUCCCAAGAUCCUCACACUUCCUGCAAAAGAAAUAGCAACUCUCUGGCGCUUGAGGCAUGCUUCUAAUCCACAAUCUAUUUGUGCUACGAUCCCAAUCGAUACAUACUUGCGUAUGGUUGCCACGGCCAGGCAAAAUCCACAAUUUGUUUUGCCACUCCCUAGGACGGAGGAAAGCAGCCAGCCCGAAGGGGUGAAGGCCGAGGCUGCAGCAGCCUCGGCUCAAUCAGUAUGCACAAGAGCAGAUAUUCAUUUCUUGCAAUGGGCGUUCCAUCCUCCUGCUGGUGCUACAACAUCUACUCCUGUAGCUGUAGGGAUCGAAUCCAAACCCACACUAAAUACCCAUACAGCCACAGUGCUUUUCACUCACCUAGCCUCGUACAAACUUCACGGUGCGUAUUCUCAACCACACACGAUCAUCACACACCACCUCGACCUCGCGGACAAGUCAGGCUUGGUUCUUAUGAAUGGGAGCGUGGUCCCGGAUCGUGGUGUGUCUGUGGAUGAGGCAAAGUUAUUGGUGAUGUGGUUGCAACGAUUUUAUGACUGGGGCGUGGGGGGUAAUCAGGCGGGGAAGAAGGCAGAGUUAGUGAGGAAGUUUACCCAAGGCGAUGUUAAUGGAUUCAACUUGGAAGAUUUGAUGGAAGAGGCCGAGAGGAUCUAA